UUGAAAGUGAUACCUUCGUCUAAAAAAUUAGUGACGGAACCCCAACGUGUAACUGCAUCAACACAAGUUCUAUAAAUACCCUUUCCCUCCAAAUUUCCCUUUCAUUCAAACAAUUCAAACCGAAAAGAAAUCAUCGAAACCGCGAUCGCGAAGAAGAUGGACGAAUAUUUGCAGUACAUGAAGACUCUACGCUCUCACAUGAACGAUGCGGAGGAUCAAGCCGCAAAAAUUUCUGCAGAAGAACAAAUGCAGAUGACGAACAUUCACACUUUGGAAAGCGACAUCAAUUCAGCGAAAUCUGAAAUUGCGCAAGUGGUUGGAGAUACGGAGAAGAUGAAUAAGUCUAAGGUUGAGAUAUGCUCGACGAUAAUGGAAAACCAGAAAAAGCUUGCUGCCUUGGAGUCUGAUUCAUCCAGACUUACGCAGACCAUGGAGCUUAUUCGGCAAGAGAAAGUUGGGUUAUCUGCCAAAUUUUCAGAGAGGAGAGCCUACUAUAGCACAGUUGCAGAGAACAUGGUUGCCAAAUUCGAGAAGCAACAGGAAUGGAUAAGAUCUAAGAAGAUUAGCAGAGAACUGAAAGAGCAUAAAGUUUGUAUCAUUUUCCUUAUUCAUAUAAAUAUCUUAAGAUCCUUAUUUAGAAUUUUAGAUUUGAGUGCUCUGAUCAUAUGGGGAUUUCGCAGAGAGGCUUAUGUGGCAGAUCUCACAAUUAAAGUUGGGGAUAUAGUUCAUGAACAAAGAAGUGAAUCUGAAGGGAGGACUAGUGCUGAUGAUAACCGUGCCAUAGAUAAGCUGGGGAUUGAUGCAAAGAGGGACUUAAUCACAGAGCUGGAUUCAGCUAAAGAAAGGCUUGAUGAGAUUCUUGCGAUGAAAUCCAAGAUUCCCAUGGACAUCGAAAAGAUAAAACUCGCUAUUGAGGAUGUCAAGUGCAGAGAAAACGAGUUUAAGCCCGAGCUAAAAGCAGCUGAUAUAACUGCUAUUGAAGAGGAGUAUAAUGCUCUUUUGUCAGACAAAGCUGGAGAAACCGAAUACUUGCAAUCUAUGGAGAAACAAGUUGGGAAACUCAAGGAUAUCUGUCAUGAGAUCCAAUGUGCUUGUGGUGAGAAAUACACAGUUGCAUUGAAUAUACAGUAGCAGGGUACGAAAACAUGAAAACUUCCGUUGGAUGUAAAUUCAGUUCUACAUUAAUGCUGAUCUUGGUUAAGAUAAUACCGUAUGCCUGUUCAGAAUUGAUACAUUUUUUUAGUAAAUGGAUCCUUGGAUUCUGAUUGUAUUUUCCAUUCAAUAAAUAGAUUUAAAAUGAUUUAUAGACCAAUAUAUGGGAUUCACAGAAAUUCUAUCAAAACAAAAACUGCCUUGGUUAACACAUCAACCCUAGUGCAGAAGACAAAUGCACUGAGUAGUGUCUAAAACAUCCAAAUUUUAAUGACAACAUUUUGUAGUCCAAUUCUGUUUUCCUUUUAAUAUACAAAAUUUUAGAUUGAUUGGAUUCACCCAAAUCAAAUUAAUUAAAAGACUUAAUAUGUAUAUAACUUUUAAAAAAAAUUAUACACCAGUCUAAU